CGCCGCCCCCGCCAGGCCCGGCCCCGCCGCAGGGCGGGCGGUCAGUGCGCAGCCCGGCGCCCGCAGCCCGGAGCCAGACCGAGGGCUCGGAGCGAACCCGACCGACCGCCGCCCCGCCAGGAUUAAUUAAGGCUUCUUCCGUCAAAAGGGGACUUAUCUUCUUGAGAGCCUGAGGGGUUUUCAAGGCGCCAUGCUGCCGCUCCUGCUGGGCCUGCUGGGCCCGGCCGCCUGCUGGGCCCUGGGCUCGACAGAGCUGCGCUCAGCCUUCUCGGCAGCACGCACCACCCCCCUGGAGGGCACGUCGGAGAUGGCAGUGACCUUCAACAAGGUGUACGUGAACAUCGGGGGAGACUUCGACGCGGCCACCGGCCAGUUCCGCUGCCGCGUGCCCGGGGCCUACUUCUUCUCCUUCACAGCCGGCAAGGCCCCACACAAGAGCCUGUCGGUGAUGCUGGUGCGCAACCGCGACGAGGUGCAGGCGCUGGCCUUUGAUGAGCAGCGGCGGCCUGGCACGCGGCGUGCCGCCAGCCAGAGCGCCAUGCUGCAGCUCGACUACGGCGACACGGUGUGGCUGCGGCUGCACGGCGCCCCGCAGUACGCGCUCGGCUCGCCUGGCGCCACUUUCAGCGGCUACCUGGUGUACGCAGACGCCGACGCGCCGGCUGGCGGGCCGCCUGCAGCCCCGGAGCCGCGCUCGGCCUUCUCUGCGGCGCGCACGCGCAGCCUGGUGGGCUCGGACGCGGCCCCCGGGCCACGGCACCGGCCGCUCGCCUUCGACACGGAGCUGGUCAACAUUGGCGGCGACUUCGACGCGGCGGCCGGCGUGUUCCGCUGCCGCCUGCCCGGCGCCUACUUCUUCUCCUUCACGCUGGGCAAGCUGCCGCGCAAGACGCUGUCGGUGAAACUGAUGAAGAACCACGACGAGGUGCAGGCCAUGAUUUACGACGACGGCGCGUCGAGGCGCCGCGAGAUGCAGAGCCAGAGUGUGAUGCUGGCGCUGCGGCGCGGCGACGCCGUCUGGCUGCUCAGCCACGACCACGACGGCUACGGCGCCUACAGCAACCACGGCAAGUACAUCACCUUCUCCGGCUUCCUGGUGUACCCCGACCUCACCCCCACCGGCCCACCCGGCCUCGGCCCUCCGGAGCUCUGAGCCUCGACCCAGGGAGGAGCCCAGGGCGCUGCGGGGGCGUGCAUGCUGAGCCGGGACCGCGGCCCGAACGCCCCGCCGGCGCGAGCCUGAAGGCCCGCCCAGCGUGGCUGGACUCUGCCAAUAAAGUGGGCCUGCAUCUA